CAUGCUCAAAGCAUGCUCAUCAAUCUCCACGUUCACCUGCUUCCUGUCAAUCUCCACCCUCACCGACACAACAUUCGGCCUAGAUCGCCUCUCUGAUGCCGUGCCCAGGGCCAGAGCCUCCCCAAUCGGAUCGCAGAUCCUUCUCAACACACCAAAAUCAAAUAAAUGUAAUGGGAGAUUCGGGGGACGACGAAUCCAUACAAUCAAAGGUGAGUCUUGCCAUGGCCUCCAAUCCGGCGACUAUCUAGUGAACCACACAUUCGCUCCGGCAAUUACAGCACGAUUUCUCAUCAGUAAUUUCCUCCAAUCUUCAUCCGAGGUCAAUCGAACCAGAAUAGUUCUUGCAUCUAGCGAUCCAACAGACAUCUCGCCCACAAUACGAAGGUUCGCACACAACUCUGCUUUAAUCACCUCCAAUGAUGGUCUAUCGCGCCCAAAAUGGCCUAUGACCGAGUGAAUUCCUUAGUCAAACAUAGUCUCGGAUGCGAAGAAAGGGUAAAGAGAUGAGACCGGCGUAAAAAGACAAAAUUAGCCUUGCCACAAACGGCCAUUAGACGGAAAACUUAACGCUAGACCAAAUGUGGAACACGUUUAAUAAAUGUGGUCUCAAUGUGGCAAAAAUAAUUAAAGUGGACUAAAAUAGGA